CAUUCGUUUAAAUAGCACCGAAAGCAAUCUCUCUCUCUCUCUCUCUCUCUCUCUCACCGCUCUCUUUCCCUCUCUAUGUCUUGGUCUCAAAUACAUUUUUCGCUCUCUCGCUAUUAAUUUAUUUUUUUUGCUAACGCGCCAAACUAAACAGCAAUGUCUCCUUCACCGGAAAACCAAGAAGACGAAGAAGAAGAGCUUUCCGACAAUGGCAGUUUUGAUGAGGACAUGGAAGCCCUCCGGCGUGCCUGUAUGCUCACCGGUAGAAACCCCGACGACCUUGUCGAUCCUUCCUCCACCGCCACCGCCACCGCCGACUCAUCGGUUCCCGAUGCCGAAGAAUCCAGCUCCGAUGAAGAUGAACUCCAGGUGCUUCGCAAGAUAAGGUGUCGCUUCUCGAUUACCGAUUCCUUCCAGCCUUUGUCAAUGAAGCCUCUGUCUAUGCUGCCGCCUGUUUUGUCCGACGGUGAAGAGGAUGAUUUCGAAACGCUGCGUGCAAUUCAGAAGCGUUUUGGGGCUUACAAUAAUGAUACGUUAGACAAUGGAAAAGAGAAUUCUUCAAAGAAAGAGGAGCGUGUUCAUGCUUCUGGUGUAUCCUUAGAGAAGGAGACUUCCAAUAACUUAUAUUUUGAUGGUUGUAAAAGGUUUCCAGAUUCUGAGUAUGAUUGUCCUACAUCCCACCGGUUGGGUGAAAAUUUGGCAAUGCAACCUUCUGCUUCCACUGAAUGGCAUCAGUCAGAUCCCUGCAACCCAUCGGCGUUGCCUCCCAAUUGUUCAAGUUUCCCAAAGUCUGCAAAAAUGUUUAUGGAUGCUAUUAAGAAGAAUAGAUCUUGUCAGAGGUUUCUGCGAAGUAAGUUGGUUCAGAUUGAAGCAAAAAUUGAGCAGAACAAAAAAUUGAAGGACCGUGUUAAAAUUCUUAAAGAUUUUCAGGUUUCUUGCAAAAAAAGAACCGGGAGAGCAUUAUCCCAGAAGAAGGAUCCUCGCGUCCUGUUAAUUUCAAUGAAGAAGUCAUCAGCUUCUAAGGAUUCAGCGCUCCCUGAUAAAAAGAUUUCUGCUAUGUAUUAUGGCCCAGUUGAGAACUGUCAGGUAGCAAAUUAUAGAAUGGCUUUGGAAAGGUUUCCACUUGCACUAGAUCGUAAAAAAUGGUCAGAGGCAGAGAAGAAGAAUCUUGAAAAGGGAAUACGGCAACAAUUUCAAGAAAUGGUGCUGCAGAUCUCGGUGGACCGGUUGAGUGAUUCAGGAGGGUCUUAUGGAGACUUGAAUGAUCUCGAUAACCUUCUAGUGUCGAUCAAAGAUUUUGACAUCACUGCAGAAAAUAUUAGAAAAUUUUUGCCAAAGGUUAAUUGGGAGCAAUUAGCUUCUAUGUAUGUUGUGGGACGUUCAGGUGCAGAAUGUGAAGUGAGGUGGUUGAACUUUGAAGAUCCUUUGAUCAAUUGCAAUCCAUGGACAGCUGAAGAGGAUAAAACUCUUUUGUUUCUUGUCCAGGAGAGGGGGAUCAGCAACUGGUUUGAUAUUGCUUUAUCGUUGGGAACAAACAGGACCCCAUUUCAGUGCUUGGCACGUUAUCAAAGGAGUCUGAAUGUUUCCAUACUGAAAAGUGAGUGGACCAAGGAUGAGGAUGCUAAACUCCGGUCUGCUGUAGAAUAUUUUGGUGAGGGGGAUUGGCAGUCUGUAGCUUCUGUUUUGGAAGGACGAACUGGAACCCAAUGCUCCAAUAGGUGGAAAAAAUCUCUUCAUCCAACGAGGGAGAGAAUAGGCAGGUGGACUCCAGAUGAGGACAAACGCCUGACAGUGGCACAGAUGCUCUUUGGGCCCAAAAAUUGGAAGAAAACAGCUCAAUUUGUGCCUGGUCGUACCGAGGUGCAAUGUAGAGAAAGAUGGGUCAAUUCUUUAGAUCCUUCUCUGAAAUGGGGUAAAUGGACAGCAGAAGAAGAUUCAAAUUUGAGAGCAGCAAUUGCAGAACAUGGAUAUUGCUGGGCUAAGGUUGCUGAAUGUGUACCUCGACGUACUGAUAAUAUGUGUCGUAGGAGAUGGAAGGUGUUGCUUCCACAGGAAGUCCCUUUGCUUCAAGAAGCUAGAAGGAUACAAAAGGCUGCUCUUAUACGCAACUUCGUAGAUCGAGAGGAUGAGCGUCCUGCCCUUGGUCCCAAAGAUUUUCUUCCAUUACCAAUGAUAACUUCUGAAAAGGAUGUUAAUCAUACUAGCAAACAGACUGGAAAACUAAGAGGGUGUUCAAAUUCCACUAAGAAAAAUAAUUUACCUUCUGGCAAAGUUCCGAAGAAGAGAUCUAAAAAGUUGAGAAAAAAACCUCGAAUUUGUCCAGAGGAAGCCCUGGAAAUAAAUAACAGUGAUGGAGUUGAAGCAUAUGAUGGGCACGAACCCCCUUCGAAGAAGAAAACUAGGCAACAUUCUCAAAAGAACAAUUUCCUUGUACCAAUGAAUGGCCAUCCACCAUCUCUGCCUGAUACAAUUCCAUUGAUGAUAACAAAUGGGAAAAGGAUGGCUGAUCCGGAUACUAAGAGGAAGAAAAGACAUGUUAAACCACAUUCUAGAAAGAAGGAAACUAUUGAACCUGAUGAGAACAGGGACGGUCUUCAGUUACAACCUGAAAACUUGAAUUUAGCUAGUAAUAAUGAUUGUACUGAGACUUCUUCUGGCUUUAACAAUGCAGCGCAAAGUCAAAGGAGAAGAGCUAGUAAGAAGCAAUGUAAGAGGAACAUAUGCACCACAAAAUCCACAGAAGACCAAAAUUCUGUGAAGGCAUUGUCAUCAGGAACUGAAAAGGAUGCCAAUCAUCAGCAAGAUUGUUCAUCUUGUCCAGUUUCAACACAGUUAACACUGAUUAAUGAGAAUGAUAUGGUUGGUAGAAAUGAUGAGGAUAAAAAGAUGGCUCCUAAUACACGCUCAAAAAGGAGAAAAGGUAUGGAUAUGGACGAAAGCUGCAGUUUGGCGCCACCUAUUAGGAGUGUGGAAGUGAGAAUGGAUAAUGGUGACAUUAUUGAAAACAGAUCUUUCAAUACAAGGGCCUCAAAGAAGAGAAGUUCAGCUCUUAAACAGCAACACGGAAAUAACAUAGGUACUGAAGCAACUUCAGCGGAUCAAGAAGUUUAUGUUUCGUUCAAACAAAAUGGCCUGAAAAAGUCAAAACGCCAAGAUGUAUCCUGUUCUGAUCAACAUUUAGGAACAACAGAUGGAGAUGGUAUUACGCUUGCUUGUUUUCUACACAGAAAAUCGGAGAAGAGGAAACUUCAUGUUUCUGAUUGUGCUGAUUCGGCUUGCAAUAAUCCAAAGGAAUUGGAAUCCUUCUGUGAUGGAGUAGAUCAACCUCAUGUCGGAAAUUUAGCUGUAACAAACGUGCAAGAUGAUAGAUUGACAUGCUGUGACAAUGGGGUUGCUGAUAUCUUUUCCUCUUGCAAAACAAGCGCCAGUGAUUUGAGGAACAACCCAACUAUUGUGGCUACUGAAAACAAGCCCUGUGGAGUAAAUCUAGUUAGAGAGCAGAAUGAUGGCUUCCAUGAGCCUGUGAGGGAACUGGCAAGCAUUAACAUGGAAGAUGAUCAUGGGAGAGAGUGUGUUUCUCUUGCUUCAUUUAUGAAAAGGAAAUCGAAAAGGAAGCUUCAAAAUGCCAAAGGUGUUGCUCAUGCUAGGGUUCCCUCCAAUAUGUUAAAAGGAUCCAAAUUGCCUCCUGGAACAGUAGAUCGGUUUCAUGAUGUAAAUCAUAUGGCCAUCAUGGCUAGUGACAAUGAGCCUGGUGAACUUGAUCUAGGUGAAAGGCUGAAGGUUCACGAACAAGAGAGGGAACAGGUGAGCAAUGGUGUCGAAGGUGAUGAGGACACCAAUGAUAUAACUCUUGCUUCCUUUCUGCAGCAGCGUAAAUCAAGAAAGAGAAGGCUUCAAUCUGACUAAAUGGUUUUCAGACUUGUUUUUUUCCCCAACACGAUGAACGGGUCUGAGUAGAGCUAUGGAUGAACUUUCUGACUAUUCAAUGCUUGUAGUUCUGCAAACUGGAGAGAAUGUCUAAGAGUUGCUUACUCUAAGAAGUCAUGUCCUUCAAAGGAUCAGGCUGUUUUGAUAAACCUGGGAGUUUCUUAUGUCACAGCAACAAAAAGAGGGGGUGGCAGUUCCAGCUGCCUUUUUAUGUUUAAAAUUCAUUUUAUACUUAAAAUUGGAGAUCUGAAUCUGCAUUCCCUUGAGUGGAGCAAUUUUGAUGAGUUACAGCUGUAUAGCGACUUUUUACUGAAAAUUAUUCUAUUUGAUUUGAAUGAAACACAAAAAUGUGCAUAUUUUUUUGUGUCUUUAA